GGCCCAGCGUUUAUAAAGACGAGGCCGGCGCUCGGCGCGCGCUCUGGUCACCUCGGCUGUCCCGGCGGCGCCCCCUCCCCGCCCCGCCGGCCCCGCCGCCCCGACAUGCUGCGCCGCGCUCUGCUCUGCCUCGCCCUGGCCCUGGCGGCCGGGGUCCGCGCCGACGCCCCCGAGGAGGAGGACCACGUCCUGGUGCUGAAGAAGGACAACUUCGAGGCGGCGCUGGCGGCCCACAAGUACCUGCUGGUGGAGUUCUAUGCCCCUUGGUGUGGUCAUUGCAAAGCCCUGGCCCCCGAAUAUGCCAAAGCAGCCGGCAAACUGAAAGCAGAAGGAUCCGAGAUCAGACUGGCGAAGGUCGACGCCACGGAAGAGUCUGAUCUGGCUCAGCAGUACGGCGUCCGCGGCUACCCCACGAUCAAGUUCUUUAAGAACGGAGACACGGCUUCCCCCAAAGAGUACACAGCUGGCAGAGAAGCAGACGACAUUGUGAACUGGCUGAAGAAGCGCACGGGCCCCGCUGCCACGGCCCUGGAAGAUGGGGCGGCCGCCGAGUCCCUGGUCGAGUCCAGCGAGGUGGCGAUCAUUGGCUUCUUCAAGGAUGUGGAGUCUGACUCCGCCAAGCAGUUCUUAUUGGCAGCAGAGUCUGUUGAUGACAUACCAUUUGGAAUCACUUCCAACAGUGACGUGUUCUCCAAAUACCAGCUCGACAAGGAUGGGGUUGUCCUCUUCAAGAAGUUUGAUGAAGGUCGGAACGUCUUUGAGGGGGAGGUCACCAAGGAGAACCUGCUGACCUUCAUCAAGCACAACCAGCUGCCGUUGGUCAUCGAGUUCACGGAGCAGACGGCCCCGAAGAUUUUUGGAGGUGAGAUCAAGACUCACAUCCUGCUGUUCCUGCCCAAGAGUGCAGCUGACUACGACGGCAAGCUGAGCAACUUCAAGAAGGCAGCGGAGAGCUUCAGGGGCAAGAUCCUGUUCAUCCUCGUCGACAGCGGCCACGGCGACAACCAGCGCAUCCUCGAGUUCUUUGGGCUGAAGAAGGAGGAGUGCCCGGCCGUGCGCCUCAUCACACUGCAGGAUGAGAUGACCAAGUACAAGCCCGAGUCCGAGCAGCUGACGGCAGAGAGGAUCAUGGAGUUCUGCAGCCGCUUCCUGGAGGGCAGGAUCAAGCCCCACCUGAUGAGCCAGGAGCUGCCCGAGGACUGGGACAAGCAGCCUGUCAAGGUGCUGGUCGGGGAGAACUUUGAGGAGGUCGCUUUUGAUGAGAAGAAGAACGUCUUCGUGGAGUUCUAUGCCCCGUGGUGUGGGCACUGCAAGCAGCUGGCGCCCAUCUGGGACAAGCUGGGGGAGGCGUACAGGGACCAUGAGAGCAUCGUCAUCGCUAAGAUGGACUCGACGGCCAACGAGGUGGAGGCGGUCAAAGUGCACAGCUUCCCUACACUCAAGUUCUUCCCUGCGAGCACAGACAGAACGGUCAUUGAUUAUAAUGGGGAGCGGACACUAGAAGGUUUCAAGAAGUUCUUGGAGAGCGGUGGGCAGGACGGGGCAGGCAGCGAUGACGAUUUAGAAGAUCUCGAAGAAGCUGAAGAGCCUGACAUGGAGGAAGACGAUGACCAGAAAGCUAUGAAAGAUGAGCUGUAAUGAGCAGCCAGACUGGGACCCCGAACGUGACACCCCUCGGCGGGCCACACACCCCAGCAGAUGCCCCCAGACCUGCAGCUCCCGCACGGCGAGGGCACCUGUCGGAAACCCAGGGACUUCGCUCACAUAACACUUCGUCCUCUGAUACACGUGUGAAUUUAAAUGUUUCUUUUGCUUUUCAAAUUUUGGAAAGGGAUUUGUCUCCAGGCCAGCCCAUUUUGGUGGACUCUUUUUUGCUUUUUUCUUUUUUAAAUCGUGAUGUACUUUUUUGUACAUGGUUUUUUGUCCAGAGCGCUCGCUAAAAUGUUUUGAAGUCUCACGCUGGAAACGCUUUCCUCCUGAUGGAGAGGUUUACGCUAUCGCUUUUAAGUUUCUCCUGUGGGGUGAAGCGUUUUCGAUGUCAGCUGUUGUCACCUUGGUCGAGCUCCCCUGGAAGCUCCUGCUCCCCACAUGGGGAGAGGACACCCCAGCCGGACACAGCCACCCCCCUCCUCCUGCAGUGUCAGGGCGUCUGGACCUGGGCCUCGCGUUUUCUGGCUCGGUGGAGACUUCCGGAUCUCUGCUGGAGGGUGACCCCCACCGUGUAGGGAGAAGGGGAGGGAGCUGUGGGCCACAACCCAGGACGGGCCUAAGGCAGUGUCCCUCUCCUCCUCAGGCCAGGGCUCCUUGCCCUUCUGUCCGUCCUGGGGCGGCUGGGAUGGGUGCACGCUGUGAACAGAUGCAGGGUUCCCACUCCUCCAAGCGAGGCGGCUGGGGCCUGCCGGGGCACAGGGUGGGAGCUCAGGUUCAAGGCCAGGAGGUGGCUCUGGGUGCCAGAGCUGCACGGCGACAGCCGUCCUCCAGGCCCCUCUGCCACAACAUUGGAAUUGAACGCAUCGGCCAAAUAAAGUUGAAAUUAUACUCUC